AUGGAAGCCCAGAUCUUUGCUCACCAAGUCAUUGAGGACAUGGUUGAUAAUUAUCAGCCUUAUGUAGAAUUAUUCAUGUGCUUGAGGAUUACCAUGCUGCGAAUGCAGGCUGUCUGGCAGGCUGCUGUGUCAGCAUGGGUGCCUUCAGUUGAGGCCAGGGGCUGUUUGCUCCAGACGGUCUGCCUUUUUGACCUCGAAGAUGAGGAGCUUGGUCUGUGGCUGACGUUUGCUCCUGUGGCUGACAAGACAGCUGCCUACUUCCACAUCUCCCUGGAGAUGGUCAACUGGCUCUCAAUAGUGUACCUCCUCAUCUCAAUCCCAUUUGGUCUGGUGGCAACAUGGGUUCUCGACAGCGUGGGACUCAGAUGUGCUGUGAUCCUGAGCGCAUGGCUGAACAUGGCGGGUAGCAUCAUCCGGAUGUUCAGUGUCCUGAAGCUCCUGAGCUUGGGUUCCCAGAGUUACUGGUACCUGUAUAUUGGGCAAUGCCUCUGUGCAUUGGCACAGCCCCUUAUCAUCUUUUCACCGACAAAACUGGCAGCACUGUGGUUCCCAGACCACCAGAGAGCGACAGCAAAUAUGAUCGCAUCAAUGUCCAAUCCCUUGGGUAUUCUUAUAGCAAAUGUGCUGUCACCUGCACUAGUUCCUGAAGGAAAGCACAUCCCAUUGAUGCUGGGUGUUUAUGCCAUCCCAGCAGUAACAGCCUGUGCUCUAGCAACUGUGGGGAUUCAGGAGAAGGUUCCUCCAACGCCUCCUUCAGCCAGUGCCACUAACUCCACCUCCCAGCCAUUCCUCAUGGGGCUCAAAAUGCUCCUGAGAAACAAGUCGUAUGUCAUCCUGGCAGUGUGCUUUGGAGGAGGAAUUGGGAUGUUCACCUGCUUUUCAGCUCUGCUAGAACAGAUCCUUUGUGAAAAGGGGUAUUCAAAUGAAUUUGCUGGCCUGAACGGUGCACUGUUCACAGUGUGUGGUUUGUUGGGUGCUUUUCUGCUAGGCCUGUAUGUCGACCGGACAAGGAAAUUCAUAGAGUCCACCAAGAUUUGUUUCUGCCUGAGUGCACUUGCCAGCAUUGUGUUCGCAGUGGCUUCUCGGUUCAGGCAUCAGGCCAUCAUGCUGGCCAUCACCAGCUCGCUCUUUGGUUUCUUUGGUUUUGCCAUCUACCCUAUUGCCAUGGAGCUGGCUGUGGAGUGCUCCUACCCCGUGGGAGAGGGCACAUCUACAGGCCUGAUCUUUGUUGCAAGCCAGAUUGAUGGUGUGAUUUUAAUGAUUCUGCUACAAGCCCUCACCGUGCGUGUUUCUGAGGAUCCAUCCUCCACUUGUGCCCUUGACCAGGGUGGGGCCCUGGACUGGACAACUCCAGUACUGGUGCUGGCUGGCCUCUGCAGUGCUAUGGCUUGUUUCUACGUCAUCUUCUUCCACACUGACUACAAGCGGCUCCAUGCUGAGACAAACAGUGGUGAUUUGGUCAAGGCAGAAGAUACAGCAACAGCAGAUGUUCCUGAAGCCUAACCAGGCCAAAAAGGGGAUGCCAAGGGCCCAGUAAGGGAAGGACUCGGGCCUCUGGGCAGGGACCAUGACUGCAAAUGCUCAGCUGGCACACUGGGAUAUCUGGGCCCUGUUGCACCGCAAGCAAGGGCCAGAGCAGUGUCACUGGGGCACACCGCAAUCUUGUAUUUAUUGAGUUCAGGCUGUAAGAAAAGCUGUGCUGCCAGGAAGGUCAAAGUGGGACUGGACAACUAUGCAGGUAACAGGGAUUUUUAGCUGACUUGAUUCAAGCUAAAGAAAUGUUGCAGAGGAGAAAAGCAUCAUAUUUCAGCCAUUUUUCAUUUUCAUAUACUUGGAUCAGGAAUGAAGCUUUCAGAGGGGUGGAAGCCAUGCCUAUCACAAACCUAGUGGAAAACUUCUGUUUAAGGACUGUGGUUCUUGUACAGCAUAACAACUCUUCCACUCUAAGGUUCGACCUAAUUAUGCCUCCUGGCUAAAGGGUGGUAGGAGCUAGACUAUCCUUCCAUUGCAGCAGGGAAGUGUGGGUAUGUGAUCUGUAGUGCAGGUCUCUUACAAUGAGCUGCUUUGCCCUCUUCUACAAACGGGAAAAGAAAAGCCCUGCCUGCAGUGCUGCCUGUAAAAGGAAAUAGCAGUAAGCAGCAGAAGUUAAAUAUGGCAGCAUUCCUCACUCUUCUGGUCCCCUGCUCAGACAUUGAGGAUAAGCUUGUUUUACUUGGGCUUCUGUUGUUUCUGCACUUCUGCAAUUCCAGUGGUUUAAGUUUUCCACAAGAAGAUGAACCCGCUAGUGCAAGAUUAGGGUAGUGUACCGUCCCCAGGCCAAGUCAUUCUCUCCUAUAAGGGAACACUGAGAGCGCAGCUCACUUUCUUGGGAAUGACAUGGCAGUGCCUGGUGUGGUGGAAGCCAGCAGGAGAACUAGCAAAGCUGACCACUUAGAGAAUGCAGGGACCUGCCAUAAGCUUCUGCAGAUGAUAGGGGCUUUUGGGGGAAGACCGAGUAAGAAACAACACCAACAAGCAUCUUCUAGUUCUCUCUGCAACUGACAGCUGUUCUUCAGCAUCAGAAGAUAUGGGUAGUG